UGGAACUGUAUAGGCCAACUCUAGUUCUAUCUCUUAAUCUCGAAAUGAUGAAGUAGUGGUAUUCAAUCAAGCCAAAUUAAAUCUUUCACAAUCGAUAGAUUUUAACUUUAAUCGAUGUAUUAUUUGAGAAGGUUACAGUCAUUAAGGUUGUAAAUAUCUAUAUAGGCAGUCUGUUAUUUUGUCUUGUUUUUUUAAAUUUUGUCCUCAGUUCUGUUGAUAUUCUAAUAUUCGUGAGUAAUUUCAUUUGCUUAUUUAAAUGAUUUUAGUUGUGAACUUCAGAGAUUUUUGUUAAUAAGUAGUUCCUAGCAGAGAUGAACAAAUGCUACUCUGAGUACCAUGUACCAAGUACUUUACUCAAACAGAAUCACUAUUGGGAAUUCAAUCACUACUUCAGUCAAUCGUUUGAUAUCGGUAGUAAUUAAAUUCUUUGGUGCUCAAAGAAGUUAAAGUAUGGCUCAUUACAAAGGAGCAGCCAGUGAGGCUGGCAGAGCUAUGCAGCUUAUCAAGAAAAGAGAACAGGCCCAAAUGGAGAUCGAAUUUCGGAAGAAAAAAAUUGAAGAAGAUUUAAAGAUUUCUAACAUAGAAAAUAAGUUUGCCGCUCAUUACGAUGCUGUGGAACAACAACUUAAGACAUCGACUAUUGGUCUUGUCACAUUAGAUGAAAUGAAAGCUAAACAGGAAAACAUAGUUAAAGAAAGAGAAAGAAAGUUAGCCCAAAAGCAAGCAGAAAAAGAAAGAGAACAGUUAAGGCAGUUGGAAGAAAAGCAAGCUGAAAAGAAUAGGCAGAAGAAGCAGAUCCAAGCUCUUUCAUUUUCUUUGAAUGAAGAUGGAAUAGAAGACGAAGAAGAAGAAGAAGAAGAAGAAAUUGACAUUAAGCCCAUUGAGUGGGUAGCAAAGCAGAGCACCUUGAAGGAAGAAGAUAUUGACAUUACAUUCAGCUAUUGGGAUGGUUCUGGUCAUAGAAAAACCGUCAGGAUGAAGAAAGGAAACUCAAUUUAUCAAUUUCUUCAACGAUGUCUUGAAGUUCUUCGUAGAGAGUUUAGUGAAUUAAAGACAGUCACUGCUGAUCAGCUGAUGUAUGUAAAAGAAGACUUAAUUCUACCUCAUCACUACACGUUUUAUGAUUUUAUUGUCACAAAGGUUGUCAUCCAUUUUCAAAAGCAUUCAACUAUAAACUGGUAAAUGGCAUAAAAUAAAAUUGAAGGGUUUGGAGCAAGAAGGAGGCAGCUCCACUUUUUGCAGUAUGUAGCAAAUUAAAAAAAGUUUUAAAAAUUCAGUUUUCACCGAAACCAAUAAAUAUUUAGUCUUGUGUUAGGUUAUGGGGUAUCAAAUUCAACUGACCAGAAUAAACACAAAUGCAUGCGCUCAUGUACGCACGAUGGAACUUUUAAUUUUGGAGCUGCCUCCGUUUUGCUCCAAAGUGAAUGAAUCAUUUUCUCCAGAAUUAUCCAUAUCAUUGGCAUAAUACAUCAAUAUGUACAGUUCUUCAGUCUUUCAACUCUCCCUCAGUCUCCUCCGGAUCGUUGGAAGCAUCUGAUGUCAACAUUUCGUUUUGUCCAACAUACUUUCUGGCUAGCUCAUUGACAUCUUUAAACUUUUGGUCUUUAAGCGGGAGGAGACAAUCCUGACGGACCUGCAAGUCCUUGGUUGCAAAUUUGCGCAUUAUCGAAGACAGUCAUUCCUAUGGUCACACUGCAUUGAAUAAUCCCUUUACAGGUGUAUGACUGUUAAUAGAGGAAUAGUUUGUAC